GCCGGCAGCGGCGAGGAGGGCGCCGUGGAGGGCGCGGGCGGUAGGGCCGCGGGCCGCGGCGAGGGCGGCGAGGGAGGGGCGGCGGCGCCCGAGAGGCCGAGCGAGGAGGAGAGGCGGCAGCUGGAGGCGCUGGCCUGGCGCGGCCCGGACCCCGACGCCCGCGCGCGCGAGGACGAGUUCGACGACUACUUGGCCGACCUGUUCGCGUGA